CGGGAAUGGAGGUGGGAGAGGCUGAUAAUAAGUACAAGCCAGACCGGGAAUGCCAACUUCCAUCCAUCCAUCCACCCACCAAAAAAGGAAGCCCUGUGGGCAAGCUCGCAGGCUCCAUCCAUCCCUCCGCACCGAGGGGACCAGGGCGCCGCGGCUCCCCAAUGAAGAGACGCCAAUGCCACCGGGCGUCGCUUCUCUUCUGACUUCUGACUCCUUUAGUCCCGGAACCGAAAAAGAAGAGCUAGCGGCGAGUCGCAGCGAAGUGG